AUGUCUUUGAAUCAGAUGCAAUGCAAGCAGGAAAUCACUCUCCCAUCUGGCCUGGGCAAAACGGUUUCAAAGGAAAAUCAAGAGCCAGAGCCCUGCGUUGAGCCUGUCCCAUGCCCUCAGCAGCACCAGUCUGAAGCCCAAGUCACAGAAGUGACUGCAGUCGUAGUGGUGCAGUAUCCAGAAGAAACAGAGCCAUUGCCAGCACCAUCAGUGGAACCAGGCAAGGGAGAAGCACCAGCAGUCGUGAUACCUGAGUGCCCACCCCAAGAGCAGCAGCAGCAGCAAAGCAAGCUACCAGCAAAUUUCCCUCCAGUAUCACAGCCUGAACCUGUUGCAUGCUCACAAGAGAAGUCAGCAUGCAAAGAGCUGCCAGAGCCAGUACUUGCUGUCUGCCCUGAAGAUGUCCCCCAGCAGAAGCAGGAGUGCAAGGAGAUCCCUGUGCAAGUCCAUGUUGCCUCUCCUGAACCUGCAAAGUGCCCUCAGGAGAAGCAGGAGCACGAGGAGGUCCCUGUGCCUGUUCCUGUCCAAAACCCCGAGCCUGUACCCUGUCCCCAAGAGAAGCAGGAAUGCAAGGAGGUCCCUGUGCCAGAACCUGUUCAAGAGCCUGAACCUGCACCGUGUCCCCAACAGAAGCAGGAGUGCAAAGAGAUCCCAGUGGUGGUCCCUGUCCAAAACCCUGAGCCUGCACCCUGCCCCCAGGAGAAGCAGGAAUGCAAAGAGGUCCCCGUGCCCACCCCAUGCCCUGCAGAGAAGCAGGAGUGCAAAGAGAUCCCAGUGGUGGUCCCUGUUCAAAAUGCUGACCCUGAACAAUGUCCCCAGGAGAAGCAGGAGUGCAAGGAGGUCCCUGUGCCAAUCCCUGCACCCGGCCCAGAGCCAGAGCAGAGCUCCCUUCCUGAGAAGCAUCCUCCCCUUGAGCAGCAGCAGGUAAAACAUCCCAGCCCGUGGCCACUGACACAGAAAUAACUUGCAGCUGGCAAGGGAAGCCCCAAAGAGAGAAGCAGGAUGCAAGACCUCCCCCCAUAUCUCACACAGGUCGUUUUCCAAUGCCCUUUUACCCACUGCAGAAUUUCUGUUAAGCACAGCUCCCAGCUCCCCCCACUAACGCUCACGUUGUCCCCACUAACAGCUAUAUGCUACCUGACACGUCAGGGCUGCCAUAGAUAGGAAGGCUCCCAGUAGUGGUGCAGGCAUGAGCAUUUGGCUUUCCAGCAACCUGAAUCUCUGCCGUCUCCCAGUCAUUCAAUCAUCCGGAGAGAAAAUUGAAGAGCAUGAUGGUGGGCUGUAGCCAGGGCUCAUCAUGCCAAUUAUUCCACCUUCACCCGAUGAG